GUCGUUACGUUUUACGGAAAAAAAAAUAAAAAAAUUCGGGCGGUGUGUGUGUGUGUGUGUGUGUGUGUAGGAGGGACAGGAGAACCCGAGCCGAGGGAGGCGGGGGAGGGGAACUGCGGAACGGAUCAGCACCACCACUCGCUGCUCAGUCAGCUGAUUCGGGCUGUGGUUCUAGAGGCUGGAUGUACACGGAGGAGUUGAUUUUACUGUUUUUGAAUGUGCUUCGACUGACUGGAGCAGCUGCCAUCACUGCGAGCUCGCCCGUGAUUACCUGGCUCCUUGACUGGUUGAUUCGCGGGAUUGAGGAACACUGUCUACGCAGUGCAUUGUCCUGCCCGUCUGCAAGAGCAGUAUGCGAGGUCGGCGGCGCCACCACGCAUAGGCUGGGUGUCAUCUGAUCCGCACCCGUGACCGAACACCAUGACCGGCCUGGCUACGCCACGCUGCUCCAUCCCGGAGCAAAGUCACGAACCGCACAUCAUCUUCUGCAUCAAAGAGCGCGCCGUCUACCCACUGAUCGAUCGUCUCAGCACGUAUCGAGCGACCGUCCACCUGGUGCGCUGCCCCGACUGGCAGCUCAUCCAUCGACUCGAAGAAACCUUGCGCACGCUGCCGCGGCUUGUGCCUCGCAUCAUCAUCAUCAUCCUGCUGCCCCUAACAGCCGAGUUGGCGACCGGCAUCAAACUGAUGUUGCUCGGCCAACAAGGUACAAUGGAGAUCAUCAACAACAUUGAUGCUCUGGCCAAACUCAAGUCUGCCAUCGACACGGCCAAGGCCCUGUGGACCCAGGACAUUGAUACACUGCCCGUCGUCGCUCUCGCCAGUUAUCGUGUCUUUCAGGCGUCCAGCCCAGAAGAGCUGGAGCGCAUCGUUGUGCGCCGCAUCGAUGCAGGACAGCGCCUUGCCGUGCGCGCUCAGAUUAGUCCACAAGUACUUCAUUCCGGGACCGGGCUUGUGCGCUGCUUGUUUGUACGAGGCCAAUUUGGUGCUGCUUACCGAGUGACCGCUCCGACGAGUCGAGCGCCAGACCUUGACGUCGCUCUCGUCCCAAUAGAGAGUGCACUGCGUUGUCAUUCACUCUUUGGCGGCACACAACCUCCGAGCGUGCUCUGCCAGCGCCUCAAUGCCAUGGACUUGGCGAGCCCCGUGCUACAAUGGUGCAGUCGCCUGGACCUCGGCUUUGUUGCCAUUGAAUAUAUUCAGCAAGGGGAUCAACUCAUAGUUUGUGCCGUGGACGUGGAAAAGGCAGGCAUGAUUCCCGAGGCGCUCGGCGAGGAUAUUGCCAGCCACGUCUGGGAGCUGCUGCUGACAAGGGACCCCUUUGAUGACGAAGAGGGUUGAUAGGGGACAGAAACUGAUUAGCACCCUUUGGUUUGGGUCAGCCUCUACCAUAACGGAAUGGAAUUCGAUUAUUAUAAAGCC